AUGGCAUUGUCCCCCAAUCUCUCUCACUCAUUUGUCAAGCUCCCCUUUAUUUCUAGAGCCGUGAGGCACAUAAAUGCAAUAGUUUAUGCACUUGCGACUGUUGCUGAUAGCUCAGUGCACAAGGUGUUUGGUGCCAGCAAUGUCUCUAAGCUAUUGCUACACCUUCCCUUGCAUAACCGAGGCGAAGCUGCUAUCACAAUCUCUUAUGAAGCACUCGCUCGGAUGCGGGAUCCUGUCUAUGGUUGUGUCGCUCAUAUCUUUGCACUCCAACAACAGGUUGCCAACCUACAAGAGGAGAUAGAAAUUCUAGGGAACCACAUGGCUACUUUUGCUCCUGAUACUGUUACUGGUGAACAUUAUGGAGCAACUAAUAACCUUAACACUGGCCUGCAAUUUUCUUCACAAACCGACACUCUGAAUAUGCAAGAUUAUCUCAACCAACAGGCUCUGCUACUAUCCCAUGCAGGGAAUGCAACUGCAAAUCAGGCCUUUGACAGCCUAAUGAAUGAACAGCCACCUCCUUUGUAUGGAUGGGAAAACCAGAACUUUUUCUGCGACUCCGACGCAACCCCAUUAGAGAGACUCUUUGAAGGAAUUGACCAAGAGUUCUCUGCCUAUUACCCAUGGUCGGACAACACUACCUAUCCCAAAAACUGA